CCCGGGGCUCGGGCUGCUGCUGCUCCUCCGCUGCCUCCUCCCCUUUCCCUUCUCCUUGGCUGGGAAAGUGGGAGGUGGCGCGCGCGCGCGGGCGUGUGUGUGUGUGUGGGUGCAGGGGGGCAGCAGAGAGGAGUCUCCUCCGUGCCGCCGCGUCGUCAGAGACAGACAGACAGAUACACACGCACACACACAGGCAGCUGGGCUGGGGCGGCAUCGGCUGCAUCUGCUGCUGCUGCUGCUGCCAUCGCACCCCCUCCCCUCCACUGCUGCCGCUGCGGUGCCCGCGAACAAAGAGGAGGAGGCAGCUCCAGACCCGGAGCAGGGGGCCCCCGGACCCCGGCCCCUGCCUCCUCCUGCCCCCCUUGGCCACGGAGGAGCCGCGCAGGAAGGAGAUGAGGAGAGUCUGAACAGGCAUGGAUGUUACAUGCAUCACUUUAAGGGAGGCGAACAACUAUGAAGACUUUUUUUUCAGUAAACUAGAUAAAGAUGGAUGAAUCUGCCUUGUUAGAUCUGUUGGAAUGUCCUGUGUGUUUAGAACGACUUGAUGCUUCUGCAAAGGUCUUGCCUUGCCAACACACAUUUUGCAAACGCUGUUUGCUGGGGAUUGUCGGUUCUCGGAAUGAAUUGAGAUGUCCAGAAUGCAGGACUUUAGUGGGCAGCGGAGUUGAUGAGCUACCCAGUAACAUCCUAUUGGUCAGGCUGUUGGAUGGAAUCAAGCAGAGACCUCGGAAGCCAGGCGCUGGCAGCGGGAUUAACUGCACAAAUGCUCUAAGGGCCCAGGGCAGUGCUGUUGUGAAUUGUAGUUCAAAAGAUCCCCAAGGCUCUCAAGGUGGACAGCAACGAGUGCAAGCCCGGAGCCCACCAGUCCGAGGUGUUCCUCAGUUACCAUGUGCCAAAGCAUUGUACAGCUAUGAGGGAAAAGAGCCAGGAGAUCUGAACUUCACCAAGGGCGACAUCAUCAUUUUGCGUCGACAAGUGGAUGAAAAUUGGUAUCAUGGAGAAGUCAAUGGGAUUCAUGGAUUUUUCCCCACUAACUUUGUGCAGAUUAUUAAACCUUUACCUCAGCCCCCUCCUCAGUGCAAAGCACUUUAUGACUUUGAGGUGAGAGACAAGGAAGCUGACAAAGACUGUCUACCAUUUGCAAAGGAUGAUGUCCUGACGGUGAUUCGGAGAGUGGACGAGAAUUGGGCUGAAGGAAUGUUGUCCGACAAAAUUGGGAUAUUCCCAAUUUCCUACGUUGAGUUUAACUCGGCAGCCAAGCAGCUGAUAGAACUGGACAAGCCGGCGGGUCCAGGCGCUGACUCUGGAGAAGGCCCCUCAGGCACAGGCCACAGCAGUGCCGUAGCCCCAAAGCACAGUGACACCAAGAAGAACACCAAGAAGCGGCACUCCUUCACCUCCCUCACCAUGGCUAACAAGUCUUCCCAGGCUACUCAGAACCGACAUUCCAUGGAGAUCAGUCCUCCUGUCCUCAUCAGCUCCAGCAAUCCGACGGCUGCCGCUCGAAUCAGCGAACUGACGGGCCUCUCCUGCAGUGCCCCUUCUCAGGUUCACAUCAGUACCACUGGGCUAAUUGUGACCCCACCUCCAAGCAGCCCAGUCACAACGGGACCCUCGUUCACCUUUCCAUCAGACGUUUCCUACCAAGCUGCCCUUGGAAAUAUAAAUCCUCCUCUGCCCCCACCCCCUCUGCUGGCUGCCACUGUCAUCGCCUCAACAUCUUCAGCUGCUGCGGCUUCCGGAGUCGGACAGAGACCUGCGGGAUCUGUUGAACAAAUUGCACAUUUACGGCCCCAGACUCGACCCAGUGUGUAUGUGGCUAUUUAUCCAUAUACACCCCGGAAAGAAGACGAGUUGGAGCUGAGAAAAGGGGAGAUGUUUCUAGUGUUUGAGCGAUGUCAGGAUGGCUGGUUUAAAGGGACUUCUAUGCACACAAGCAAAAUCGGAGUUUUCCCUGGAAACUACGUGGCACCAGUCACAAGAUCUGUGACAAGUGCUUCCCAAGCUAAAGUCUCCAUGUCUACAGCCGGCCAGACGGGCCGAGUGGUGACCAUGGUCAGUCCCUCCACUGCAACGGGGCCUUCGCAGAAACUGCAGGGGAAUGGCAUAGCAGGGAGCCCCAACGCGGUGCCCACCGUGGUGGUGUCAGCAGCCCACAUCCAGACAAGUCCGCAGGCCAAGGUUCUGAUGCCCAUGACCGGCCAGAUGACAGUAAAUCAAGCCCGCAAUGCUGUCCGUACAGUUGCCGUUCACAACCAGGAACGCCCCACAGCUGCCGUGACGCCCAUCCAGGUGCAGAACUCAGCCUGCCUCGGCCCUGCGGCCAUGAUCCUACCCCAUCAGCAACCUCAGCCUCCAGUUCCCAACUCUGCUGCCUACGUCACUGCUGCCGUCAACCUCGGCCGGCCAUCAGUGCCACUGGCCUGUGCAGCCACUGCUUCCUUGAACUCCCCCAGCAUCCCUGCCACCUCUCUGGAGACAGAACUGAGUGGCUGGGCAGGGACGGCCCUCCCUGGACCCCCUACUUCUCCCGAGAACGCAUUAUCUGCUGGUGGAAGUGGCCUUGUCACCAAAUCAGACAAAGAUAGCAAGAAGGAGAGGAAAGGUCUACUGAAGUUGCUUUCCGGUGCCUCCACCAAACGGAAACCUCGAGUUUCUCCUCCAGCCUCCCCAACUUUGGAAGUGGACCAGGGCCCAGGGGAGCUGGCCCUGCAAGGGGCCGUGGGGCCCGAAGUCCCCCCAGGAGGGAGUCACGGCAGGGCUGGGUCCUGUCCUGUGGAUGGGGACAGCCCGACGUCGGCUGUCUUGGCUCAGGAGGCACUUCACAGGAAGACGAGCUCCCUGGAUGCCGUCGUUCCCAUCGCUCCACCCCCGAGGCAGCCCUGCUCUUCCUUGGGUUCUGUCCUGAAUGAGUCGAGGCCCGUUGUCUGUGAAAGGCACCGAGUGGUGGUUUCUUAUCCUCCUCAGAGCGAGGCCGAGCUGGAACUCAAGGAAGGAGACAUCGUCUUUGUUCACAAGAAGAGAGAGGACGGCUGGUUUAAGGGCACGCUACAGCGCAAUGGGAAGACUGGCCUUUUCCCGGGGAGCUUUGUGGAAAACAUCUGAGAAGAUGUAGUUUUAUUUAGAAAGCUUCAAAUCCCAUGACCCGAUGCAAGAGCACAAUGGAUCUUAGUAGAAGAUUCGAGCACAGUCACCCAUUUUCAGAUGAUCAAGGAUAGAAACAGAUCUAUGGAUCUGCAGUAUCCCACAGCAAGCAUGAUUGCAGCAUCAGCCAGAGACGAUUGCGGCUUUGUCUGUGGCCUUCUCCCUUUGGAUUCUGAUGUGUGAUAUGUGCCUUGUACUGUCUGAUUUCUUCUACAAAACAAACCUUUUUUUUUUUUAAAAUCUGUAACAAAAAUGGACGAUUGUUUACAAGGCUGUAACUAAUUUAUUUGCUUUUUUAAACUUGAAUUCUUCUUGUUAUAGAUAAAUUCUUGGGAUUCUGAUUUUAAUAGAUUAUUAAUUUAUGAAAUGAUAGCUAAGGAGAAGCUGGAUUCUCUCCUAAUGAGCAAGUGAUUCUUUUCGACAGAGAGUUCAUUUCCCUUCUUAGGUUUUUUUCCUCCUUUUAAACUGUGUGUGGCAGAUUGUAACUUGUCUUUUUGAAGAGGGGUCCAUGCUGUCAAGUUGUGAUGACGAUAGCGUAUUAGUGAAUUGAUUAAGUCUCAACAGGUAAAAUACUGUAUUUUGUGCUCUAAGACAGAAGUCAUGGUUCUCUCCUUUGGCUCUCCCCUUUCUCAAACGACAAUCGCAUCCCAAAUGAUGUAAGAUUCCUGGAGGACUGCAGACUUACAAACUAAUCCUCACCAACAAGGGCGUGGAGAGAAGGGAGAGAACCCAAGAGAGGAGCAGAAAAAGACUCCUCCUCAAUCUCAUGUGUGCCAGAAAUUCUGCCAUGCGAGUUUUCAGUCUAAUUCUGUGGGUGGGGUAUGUUCACAGAAUGGAGUCAAAAUCAGGGAAAUAUGAAGGAGGCUUAAGCACAACACUCAAACAAACAAGCAAAACGUUAUCAAAGCACAUUUGUAGAGUCAUAGAAUGCUAAGAGCAGGCCGGGACCAUAGCACUCAUCUCAUGAAACCCUUUCCCCCUCCACAUUAACAGAUAAAGAAACUGAGGGAGAGGAGUGACUUUUUUUAAGGUCCCAAAGUCAGUUAGUGGCACAGGUAGGAGCAGAACUAUGUCCUGACUCCCAAUCCAAGGGGAUAUUGAAUGAAUGAACAAAUGAAUUGAAUGACCUUUAUUAAAUGCCAGAGCCUAUGAUAAGCCCUGGGAACACAAAUACAAAAUGCGCCUACUUGGUUUUAUAAGAAGAGCAGCAGCUCAGUCCCUUGGGUUGGAAAUUAAGUAAAAUUAAAACCCUACUUGCUGUCUGAGAAUGACUGUGUGAAAUGUAACUUGUCCUUUUCCCCCUCAGUGAUCUGCAUGACCAGAAGACAUUAAAAAUAUGGUUGAGCAGUAGUGGUUGGUGGUUCACUUGUGUUAAAAAAAAAAAAAAUUUUUUUAAAGGCUGUUAGACACUGUGAAAAGUUGACUAAGUUUUAACCAUGGAAACUUUAAUCCAUUGGGAUUUCCUCCCUCCCCCCACUGUCUUGCAUGUAUUACUGAAUUCCCACAGUAAUAUAAAUGGUGCAUGGUGUGUGUAUUUCAUUGUCAUUUCCUGUGGUGGCUAGUUUGCACUCAGAAUGGUCCUCUAUAGGGACUGUAAUAUAAACAGUAUUCUUCUCUCUGCCCCAAAGUCACUGCUGACCAUAUCUCUGAGUGAAUUCUGCUGCAAGGCGAGGUGCCCAUUAUCCAUGAACCUGCAUCAUCAGUGAGAAUGCACCUUUACCAUCUUGUCCAUCUGGCUGAUGUGACACAUGGGCUCAAUGAUACCCGUUGUGUUGUGUAAGAGCCCGGACAGGCUAGGCAUUAGCAAAUGAGCCCACAUCUUAUUAUGAUCCUGGCAAGGAUCUGGCUAGCCAUCUCUUUUUUUCUCUUUCCCUUUGAUAUCAAUGGUCUUCUCUGUUGCUCUCAUUUUGAUACUUGCCAUAGAGCACAAAGGAUUGAGAUAGGCCCAAAAACAUAGAGGGGGGCAGGGGGGGGUAAUCUCAUACUUUUGAAUGACAUCAUCACCAUGGUUUUCUAAUGGAAAAUGCCUUUUAAUUUAAUUUUUUUUUUUUUUACUCUUAAGAAUUUCAUCUGGGAAGAUAAGGAGACAUAAUCUUUAAAAAAGGCUUCUUGAGGCGUCAAGAAGCGUGAUGGUCUUAAAAAUCUAGAGUGAGAGUUGAGAAUGAAACCAUUCCUAAAUUCAUCAUUUUUAAUGAAACACUGUAUAUUCUGUUCCUGUGUUUUAAAUAUUUUAAAAAUAGUUUACUUGGAUAUUCAUGUAAUAUAUAAAGGUUUUGUGAAAUGAACUUUAGCUAGGAAAAAGCUGUCGUCAGCUUUCAUAAACAUAUAAGUUGACACCAAUGUGUCAUAAUAUUUUUUAUUUGGGGAAAUUAGCACAUUUUCUAAAAUAAGAUUUUUAAAAAGGCAAAAAGACUACUACAGGUUCAAAUUCCUUUUUCUACCUGUCUGUUUUCUCCAUAUCUUAAGCUAUGUGACUAAGGUACCUCUGUGAAUAGUUUUCAUGGUGUUAAAGUCAGCUAAGAUUCCAUCUGUUAAUAGUUCUGUUAGAUAAUGUAUUGUAUGGCUUUUCUAUCAACUUUUUUGAAGACAGUAGAGUGAAGUUUUGAAACGAGAGUUUGUUACACAACAGUGCAGCAAUGAUACAAUGACAAUUUUUCCGACCUUUCCAUGUGAACGAUUU